AUGGACUGUACAGGGAGAGUGACAGAGUACAGAUAUUGCGGCUUGCUUUCGUUCGCCGCCUCAUCCCAUCCUUGCAAACCCUUCGGUCCCCUGCCCAACCCAGCCAUGGCUACAUGUAUUCAGCCAGCGUUGCCUUUACCAACGUCGCAGGGCCAGCAGAUCGCACUCAAUCCGAGGCAGUGGUGUGGUAGAUUCAUGAUUUGUUCUAACGUCGUCCAGUAUGUGGUAGGUACCAAGUAUGUACGGAAACGCCCAAGAGACCCUUCGUGGUCACACCUCAAAAUCCUACGGCGCGCUUUUCCCGCCCGCCAUGUGUAA